AACAUUUGUUAUGUUCAACCAAAACAUCUAUAUAUAUUUACACACCAUUACCCUCGAUCUAUAUAUAUAUAGCCAUUCUCCCACACUGAUUUUAAACAAAUUCUUCCUCAUCGAUCUAACGACCAAACCAUAUAGUCAUUCACAAGCUAUAAUGUCGAGUAGACGUUCAAGAGAAUCGUCGAGUGCAGCUUCAAGGAUCAGCGACGAUCAAAUUAUACAACUCCUCUCGCAAUUACAACAACUUCUGCCUGAGAUUCGCAAUCGUCGUUCAAACAAGGCAUCGGCUUCUAAUGUGCUACAAGAGACUUGUAACUACGUGCGAAACUUGCAUAGGGAGGUUGACGAUCUUAGCGACCGUUUGUCACAAUUAUUGUCCACCAUUGAUGCCGAGAGCCCUGAAGCUUCAAUCAUUCGAAGUCUAAUUAUGUAAUUUGUAUCUACAUACCGAUCAGCUCAUUUUAAGGAUGUUCUUAUCUGAUUGCCCCCUAGCAUAUAUGGCCGGGUUAAAUUACGAUAUAUAUCGUAACGUGAACUUUAUAAUUAACUUAAAAGAGAUUGUAUUCAAAAGUUAUAGAUCGACUGUAACAACCUUUAUCUUCA